GUUGAUUUUGGAUGGUGCUCCUCUUAUAGCUAUACAUAAAGCCAGAUAUUUCAAGAAAAAAGAUGGCUUGGCUCUGGGACCCGGACCUUUUGUAACCGGGCUGGAAUAUGCGACGGAUACCAAAGCAAUAGUGGUGGGAAAGCCAGAGAAAACCUUCUUCCUGGAAGCUCUGCGCGAGGCUGGCUGUGCCCCUGAGGAGGCCGUCAUGAUCGGUGAUGACUGCAGGGAUGACGUUGGGGGCGCCCAGAAUGCGGGCAUGCGUGGGAUUUUGGUCAGGACCGGUAAAUACCGACCAGCAGAUGAAGACAAAAUCAAUCCGGCUCCUUACUUAACCUGUGAGAAUUUCCCAGAGGCAGUGGAACAUAUCCUAGAGCGUCUGCUAUGA